GGUUAUGGUUAAUCUUCGUGCUUUCCACUAAUCUCCCUUUUGUUUAUCCAAAUAUUUUCCUCGAAAAUUUUCAUUAGUUUCAAACUCUAAAUCAGAAAGAGAGAGAUAGGAGUGCAACACAAGGAUGCCUUCUCCUCCGGAAGAAGGAACCCAACCCAAAACCGAUUCGGGUUCGGGCCCGGGUCAAACCUCUGAACGUGAUACCAAUCAACCACCACCUCCUACAGCGCAAUCUCAACCGCCGCAAGCACAAACGCAAACGCAGCCAUAUCCGCCGGUGAUGGGAUAUCCAGGGUACUCCCAAGACCCAUACUCAAAUUAUCCAAACGUCCCUUAUAAUCACCAACAAUACGCCUACGCGCAAGCCCCACCCGCUUCCUAUUACGGCUCUUCUUAUCCGGCUCAGCAAAAUCCGGUUUACCAAAGACCAGCUCCAUCCGGUUUCUUCAGAGGAAUUCUAACCGGUUUGAUCGUUUUAGUCGUUCUCCUAUGCAUCUCUACGACCAUAACUUGGCUUGUCCUCCGUCCUCAAAUCCCGGUUUUCUCCGUAACCAGUUUCUCGGUCUCCAAUUUCAACCUAACCGGACCGGUUUUCUCCGCUCAAUGGACGGCUAAUCUCACCGUCGAGAAUCCGAACACGAAACUGAAUGGAUACUUUGAUCGAAUCCAAGCAUUCAUCUACAACCAAAACGCGAUCGGAGAAGACGACUUUUUGGCGAUGGCGUUCUUCCAGCCAGUUUCCGUGGAGACCAAGAAAUCAGCUUCCAUUGGUGAAACCCUAACGGCAGGAGGGAAAGAACAACCCAAAGUACCGAGUUGGGUCGGAGAGGAGAUGAAGAAAGAGAGAGAUACUGGAAUGGUGUCGUUUGAUCUGAGAAUGUUGGUUUGGGUUACUUUCAAGACCGAUGGUUGGUCGGCGCGUGAGAGAGGGCUUAAAGUGUUUUGUGGGAAGUUGAAAGUUGCGUUUGAAGGAGGAUCUGGAAACGGUGCCGUUUUAUUGCCUAAGCCUCUUCCUUGUUUGGUUUACGUUUGAUCCUUCCUGAUUUUUUUUUUUUUUAUCUUGACGUCUCUUGUAAUGUUCGACUGUUUAUUAUAAAAAGUCCAUAGAAAUCUCGUAUAAGAAGCUUA